UUCCUGUGUGAAAAGUGACCGAGUGCCCUGGUGACCAGCUGAUUUUGCUGUCCAUGUGACGAUCAACACGCUCCCUACAGCCUCAGGAUUAGAGUUAUCACUUGACCAUGAUGGCGUGGAGAGAAAUCGGCCCGCUCCCACCAUUUUGUUGAACGUGAAGAAUGUGGCACAGCACAGUAAGUCAUGUGAGCAGGCAGGUGCUGUGUUCGUGUUCGGAGACGACCCGAGGUCAGAGGUCAGAUCCCAGAUCACCUGUUUAGUGAUGCUGAACCCUAGUUUGUAAUGAACCGAGGAAUGAUUAGACGUUCGAGUCUGCCAAUCAGUGGAUCAUUGAAACCAUUGUUUCCCGGCAGGAAAAAAUCAGACCCAGGAAAGUUGGCCUUGAAAGGCUUAAAAGCCUCCAAGGUUUCAAAAAGCCCAAACUUGCCAAAGAAAGCAGCGCAUGAAUCAUCGGGGCUUAAUGUUGCCAUCGAUGGAGGCGGAGCGGGGAAAACCCGACACACCAGUGGGGGUAGCUCAUCAAGUCAGCUUAACCCACUCUCACUCAGUGAUGAUAUUGGCCAGAGCUCCGAGGAUCUUGAUAUCGUGGACACAGGAAGCUCCAAGGAAAAUGGCAGCAGCACGGAGGCAGCGCUGGACGAAAUGGAGAUGCACGCUCCCGAUCCAGUACGCAUGCGAGCGGCCAUGGACCAUCUGCAGAGUAAAAUUCAGAAAGUCAAGAGCCACAUAAAGACUGAGCAGGCUAACAAAGAAUCAAAUGUCAACGAAUAUCUCCGCCUGGCAGCAAAUGCGGACAAACAACAACUGCAGCGAAUCAAGAACGUUUUCGAGAAGAAAAACCAAAAGUCCGCUCAGACGAUUAAUCAGAUGCAAAAGAAGCUGGAGACGUAUCAUAAGAGACUUAAAGAUGUAGAGAUUCAUGGACUCCCGAGUCAUAAACAUCCCAAAGAGAGGCUGCAGGCAAUGAGCCAGGGUUUGAACGGGGUUGUGGAUAACAUCAAGGGUGCUAAAGAUACCAUUGUUUCGAAGCCGCGUGAACUGGCUCAUCGAAUCAUCAAGAUCAAGUCUGGCAGUGCUGAUAACAUCAGCCAGUUGAAAAUGGAAGAAAAUCAUGGUGGUGCUGAAGAAGAAGGUGGCCGGCAAGGGGGAGGAACUCUGCCAGCAAGUUUCAAGUACAGUUCUGAUGAUGACAACUCCAGCAUGACAUCUGGGUCUGGGUUCGGAGCCCACAGCAGCCCGCACUCCACUUCCCAGAAUGCCUCUCAGCAGUUUGCUGCCAUGUCCCAGAGCCUGGAGACUGUCAUUCACCCGAUCCACCAGGAGCUGCAGGAGCAGAGGGAAUCCAACAGGAAGCUGCAGGACAGCAUGAACAGGAUGCUGGAGGAGUUUGAUGCCUACAAGACAAACUCCAGGACAGAGAUGAGCCAGUUGAAGUCUUUACUAGACGAUGAAAGGUAUCGGCUGUCCACGCUUGAGGAGCAAAUCAAUGACAUGACGGAACUGCAUCAGAACGAAAUGACAAACCUGCGACAGGAUAUAUCAAGUAUGGAGGAGAAGAUAGAAUACCAGCUGGACGAGCGGACACGUGACUUACACGACGCCUUGGAGAAUUGCCAAACCAGGAUAACCAAAAUGGAACUUCAGCAACAACAACAACAAAUCAUCUCAAUGGAAAUGGUGGACAAUGUAACAUUUCGAACAUUGCUGACAAAACUGAUCAAUGUGGCAUUGGCUCUGAUUGCUGUAGUGCUGGUCUUCGUUUCAACAUCUGCGAACCUUUUGGCUCCCUUUCUAACAACCAGAGCACGGAUUCUGAGUAGUUCUGUAAUGAUUGUCGUGUUUGUGAUCAUUUGGCGGCAGUGGGAUGACAUUUGUGACUGGGGACACCAUAUACGACAACAGUACGCUCCAACAGACACUUAGCCCCAGCUGAGGGUUUUUUUAGUUAAUUCCUACAGCACUGUGACAGCAAAGAGGCAUGGCAGUUCUUCAAGGCUCUAGGCUGUGAGAGGAGCUUUUCUGACACAGUUGUCUCCCUUCUGAGGAGGACCUGUGAUAGACCAGCCCAGUUGUCUAUUAUCGAACGAUGAUAAAGUGAAAAUAGAUAUUUGGAGUGACUUUGACAGAUAAAGAUGGAUUAUAUUUUUGAUUGAAGUGAUACAAGGAACCCUUUUUUUCGGGAGUGAUUCAUUGACCCUUUUUGCAGGUCAAAGUGAUUUGUUGGCCCUUUUUAUAGGUCAGGUGAUUCGUGGACCCUAUUUUAUGGAUGGGAACGAUCUCCAGUGGAUUACGUGAUGCAUUGACAAUGAAAUGAUUUGUGAAAAGUCCAAUUUUGGGUUUUUAAUUUAAGGCAAAAUAUGUGCAUGUCUUCGAAAUGAGCCACACGUGAUUUUAAAUUAUUAAAUGCCAGCAGGGUGUGUUUUUCCUUUUUUUAAGCAAAGAUUCUGUGAAUUUUAAUGCCAUUCAGUAUCCAAACUACAUGUAUACAGUUCAGUGUGCGGAUUGGAAGAAUUACAGAAGGUGUAAUUUUACCUUCAGAGGAUAUCACUGCUAGACUGAGCUAAGAGAGGCAGCAGGAUUCAAGACUACUUUUAUGUCAGUUCUGGAGGAGAAAGCGUGUUUUCACUGGUUUGUGAAAGCACCUAGAUGUUUUUAGUCUCAGAAUUGAGUCAGAAGCUUUAGAAUUGAACUGCUGCAGGAUUGAACUUCUGCAGGAUUGCAGUGCUGUAAUGGAGUGUUGAGUCUGUAGUAUUAAACAUAUUGACAGGAUCAAGAUGCCAGUUAACACUGCCAGGAGUAUAAAGUCAGAAGGAUUAAAAGAUCAUACCUGUACAUGUAGUGUCAGCAGGAUUCAAACAUUGGAAAACUGUAGGAUGGAAAAACGUAUACAUCUAGUGUUGGCAGGAUUCAAACAUGGGAAAACUGUAGGAUGGAAACACCAUAACUGAAAGUCUGCAGGAUUCAAACAGGAGAAAACUGUAUAGUCUACAAGAUGGAAACACCAGAACUGAAAGAGUCUGCAGGAUUCAAAUAUGAGAAAACCGUAUAGUAUACAGGAUGGAAGUACCAGAACUGAAAGAGUCUGCAGGAUUCAAACAUGGGAAGUGUAUGUUCUUCAGGAUGCACCUCGGUCUUAAACACAUUUAAACACGAAAGGUCUAGAGCCUGCUGGAUAUGUGGGUCCGAAAAUCAUGAUUUAAAGAAUCUGGAAACAGUUGCCAGCACUGUGGUAUUCUUGUGAAGGGCACUGUAGAUAAGGUUGUUUUUUGUUUUUUAUUUGGUGCACAUGGUGUUUGUAUUCCAUACCAGCAAACUAUGUGUAGAAAAACAAGCAAAAACAAAAAGUCGUGUUGUUCAAGAAAGGUGUGGUGGGGCUUGGAAUCGGACUUGUCUUAUUCAGCAAACUGAUAUCACAUGGUACUUGUAAAUGUGAUAGCAAUAAAACUCAGUUUGAAAAUUUCAGUUCUCUAAAUUGUAGAGUAAGGAAAGCAAGCUAAGAAUACACGAUUAAAGCUCCAAACUAAAGCUUUGGUAGAUAUUUUGGGCAUGUGGUAAAAUAAUUUAGAAAAUGCUUUUGUCGCUGAGAAAAAUAAUUUGCGGUUGUCCUUUUUUGCAGAUGCCUGGGGAAUAUUUUUUCCAAGGUGCAAGUAAAAUAUUUUUAUUUUAACAUGUUUGUUUUAAUCAGCUCGGGUAACAAAAAAAUGUGCUAGUCUUUAGUCUGUACUGUGAAGGUGUGCUCACAAAGCCAUGAUGUAGUACAAAAGUAUUAAUGAGUUGCA